GAGCUAAGAGCCAGUGGUGUGCUACUGAAAAAGUAUCGCGACGCGAUGAAAUUUAUUCGUCUGUCCGUCGUCGAGUUUGGAUUCAGUUCGUUUUUGAUCAUCAAAUGUAGUGAACGCAAUUGGCUCCUCACAAUAUUUUCAAUAUUUUAAUUUUGAAUAAAAUACAAAUAACCAACAUUAUUGUGCGGAUGGCGCAAAAAUACAAAUUUUAAACUAUAAAUAAAAUAAAUUUAAACUUUGAAGUUUUUUCUGAUGAAUUUUCGUUUGUUUUAAAUUUCAAAAUAAAAAAUAAUAUAAAAGAAUUAUGACAGAAGAAAUAAUUUAAAUAUCAAUCUUCAUAAAUUUCGGUCGAAUAUAAUAAAAUUGUGCAAGUGCCGCAAAGGUUGGGUAUCGUAUAAAAAGUCGUGAGCUCGGUGCACUUCCAUUGCAAUUGCACCUGCAAUAAAUAUACGCGGUGUUGUGUGUUAGAAUGAAAACGCGUGAACUUCCUUCGUACGGUUUUUUGAAAUUGCAUUCUUUUAAUUUUAUUUGUCAAAACUUAAAAAUGCACUUUUGUUUUGUUUAAACAAGAAGAAAAUUAUUAAACAUUUAAAGAGGCGAUCUUAAAGAUAUUCAGAUACUUUCUGCGAUCUUCCUCGCAUAUGUGGAGUGAAAUUCAAAAAUAAGUAUUUUUUUUUUUGAAAUUUUUACUCGUGCGCUGCAUUUUUUUAAUACUACUUACGGUUAAGGCCAAAAAACAGAAUACUUUAUUUUUUAUUCCAUGAUAAAUUGGAUACUCUCAGAUAUACACUUUAUGGUUAUAUUAUGAGUAUCUUAUGUCCCUCAUAAUGUCCAUUCAUCGUUUUUCCGUCUAGAAGUUGAGAGUACUCGUAAUGUGCAGCACGGGAACAUAUACCAACCUAUAUAAGUGUCCCUAUAUGUGCGUCAAGUUGGAGAAACGCACUUCGUAAAGUUGAACUUGCCGGUGGUGGUAAAGGUAUAGUAGUGGUGUCUUUUUGAGACAAGACUACGUAAAAAAAGGCACGCACUUUCUUGUGACGUUUUGGCGGUAAUAAUAUGAGAGUGAACUGGAAUCUACCUUCAAGGGGGAAAACAUUUAAUUUAAAUACUCGUACUAAAGCCAUCAUCACCAGUCAACAUAAUGAUGUUUUUAUUUUAAUUUGUUUACUUUUGCAUAUUUAAAUAAAAAUAUUAAUACCUAUAACAAUUUAAGUUAAAUUUUUUAUACGGAGAAAACAAAAAUUAAAUAAAUAAAAGUGAAACAAUACAGCCGGGAUUUAUCGUGUUUUUUUGUUUGUUUGUUUGUUUGCUUGUUUGUUUGUCUGUCGUUUUCGAAUUAUUGUCGGGAUCGGGACUUAAAAUACAAAAUAAAAAUUAUAAUAUGUUGAUUGAUUUGUAAAUCGUGCUGCACAUUUUUAAAUGGUUACGAGUUUUUGGAAAUCUGCUGUAUAAGUUAUUUAUACCUAUGUUAUUUUGUGCUGCAACAUCGACAUCAGAUAUAAGACAUAAAAAAAGGAUCUAUAGAAGUUUCUCGUCCAUGAUAUAAUGAACCAUCAUAUUUCACCAAGGAAGACCUUCAAUGAUGUUAGCCAUGGAUCUGCUACAGCUGUCCACCGAUGAUGCAAGUGACUCUUCUGAAACGGAACAACAACCGUUUGACACUACUGCGCUGCUUCUCGGCGGAAUUGAUGCAGCUAACCGGUGUGAUAUUCAUGACAACAGAAACCGGAAGAACAUGGUUCCGUUUCUUAAGUCAAAUUACAAGUACAAAAGAAGAAUUGCGAUGCCGCAGGUGUGCGUGGUGGCGGAACAUGAUACCGCACAAAUAAUAACACCGAUGACAGCGCCACCACAGUGGUCUGUGUCAGAGCAAGUGGAAGUGGAAGUGGAACGUUUUGGGCAUCUAUUGCCGCUACCACCAACACCACCAUCGCCAUCGCCAACGCUGCUGCCGCCAAGUGAUAGUUAUUUUAAAGUUGUCGCAGUCGGGCUUAUUGUGAGCGCCGCCGUUAUUGUUUUUCGUGAUAUUUUGUUGAGUCUCUGUAAGCGUGUUGUACGUGAGUCGCGGGUGUGGUGUAAAAAUAGCAAUAAAUUGUUUUGUCGGCUAAGUGAGAUGUUGGUUGAGGUGAAAAGAUUCACAUGGGGAUGGGAAUGGGGAUCGAAAUCAGAAUCGGGUUCUCAUUUGGGAUCGGCCACCAAUUCGGUAGGCAGGAGCGAUAGCAACAGCAGAAGAUGGAGAUAUGGUAUGACAGCGGCAGCCCCAGCAGUUAGCUGGAGCAAGUCAUUUGGCUUGGAGUAUAUCUGUGCGAGUUUGAAGUUAAUUUACUUGACACUUUUUAUUGCACUUUGGAUGACAGCAUACGAAGUAGAAGCCGGGACAUGCUGGACGGAGCGCAUGGAUAAUGGAAAGUGUCAAAGCGCGUACUCGAAGAACAUGACAAAGGCCCAAUGCUGUGGCAAGAAUCAAAUGUACUCUUACACCGAAAAGAAUCUAUCCAAUGUUGAGUACUUUUUUGCAUUGGCACUAGGUGGCGGAACUGAGUGUGUACCAUGCUUGGAAAGCUGCAAAGACGUUAAUUGUGGUCCUAACAAACGCUGUGUCAAACGCAAAGGUCGACCAAAAUGCGUCUGUUCACCGCAAUGUGGUUCUGGCAAAAAGCACAAACACUCACACAAGCGCAAACAGCAAUUACACCAACAGAACGGCUCCUUGAAGCCACCACAUGUCAUCGACAUCAGUCGCAGCAAGGAGCACGUUUCAUUAGUUAAUUUUCAUAGUCCAAUAACCAUUAGAGAUAUACGUAGUUUAAGUAGUGAAAUUAAUAAUAGCAAUCCGUCCUCGUCCUUCACCUCCACUGCGGCCGUAACCGCCAUGGAACUGACAAGUCCAGGAGAUCACAUCUCCCAAUUGAAUAGCCGAAGAAAAAACCAAAGAAUACCCAUUAUAUCAACAAGUCCUAUCACAUCAACCCCAACCAAAAAGCAUCAGCAUCGACUCCAUCACCACCAUCACAAACAUCAUAGGGACAGGGAGGAGCAACAAAGGCAAGAGCAUCACACAUCACCAAAGGUGUCCAAAUCGCAUUCGCAUUCGCAAUCCCAACGCCGUCAUGCUAACGUGGCUGACCGAACCAAAGGUGAUCAACUGAUUAUAACAGCCGAUGAUUUAGUCGAACGUCCCAGUACGGAGCGCGAUAAUGACUUGCCCGAGAGCAAUUCAUUAAGAAUCCGAACUAGUUCCAGCAUGGUCGAUGGAGGACUUGGCCUAGCCUCAGACACCCAUCAUCAGGAUGGCAGGCAUCAUUUCAAGAAGCAUGCCAAACCGAAACGCAAAAUCAGCGAUCAAAAUGGAGCAACGCAUAACUCCUUCCACAAUGGCACAGCCACGGUGACGACUACGACUACCACAGCAACAGACAGCAGGUACCGUAACGAAAUGAAAAUAGCUGAUAGGCUUCGCCAUCGUCCACCAUCUUACGAUGGAUUCGCUGGUGCAGCAUUCUCUUCGUCAUCAGCAGCUGGGCUGGAUAAAAGAUUCAAGCAUAGGAAAACGAUGCCUGCGCUUACGCUUCAUCCAUCCAAUAACAAUAAGAACAACAAGAACAUAGAUCUUCACCUCGGGCAUCAGGAUAACGCUGAUGAUCUCACAUUCGAUGAUAAAAUCCACAAUGGAUUCUUCAGCAAUGGCUUCCCGUAUCCGCAUCAGGAGCUGUCGACAGACGAAGGUCGUUAUACUCAUCCGGUAUGUGGCAGCGAUGGACGAACUUACAACACCGAGUGUCAGCUGAAGAAACGUGCCUGCCGGACAGAUAAUUCAGCUCUGGUCGUUGCCUAUCGUGGACAUUGCCAAACGUCCUGUAAAAAGGUCAAUUGCAUGAAUGGAUUGCAAUGCGUCGAAGAUCAUUAUGCAAUACCGCAUUGCAUUGUUUGUGCAAUUGAGUGCCCAGCUGACGACAAUACCAACAAAAUUGACCCGACACGAGCCGUUUGCGGCGUCGACGGAAACACAUACAAGAGCACAUGCGAUAUAAAUCGCAUGGUCUGCAAAAUUGGACAUUCGAUCGCUGUUGCAUACCCUGGGCCAUGUCGCGAAGAACGAUCGAGUUGUAAUGAGAUUAGCUGUGGACCCAAAAUGACAUGUCUAGCAGAUUUGUUAACCCAUCGACCAAGAUGCGUUUCAUGCAAAUUCAAAUGCUCGAGGAAGCGUCGACCAGCGAACAUUCGCUAUGAGGAAGGAAAGCUCUGCGGUAACAACAACCGAACGUACAACUCGUGGUGUGAAAUGAAAAAGGAUUCAUGUCAAACUGGACUCUUUAUCGAUAUAAAAUCAAUUGGUGAAUGUAAACCAUGAAUAAUUAUUUAACAAAAUAAAAAAUUUAAAAACAAAACACACUCUCUAUGCCAAGUGAAGUCUCCUUAAUUUAACAUAAUCAUAAUAAUAAACAAACAAAUGUAUGUAUUUAUAUACCUCCUAAUAAUUAUUAUAUUAUUUUAAUUUAUUUUAAUUAUUUUUGAAAUUAUUGUUCCUUUAUUGAUCGAUUUAUUUAAAGAAAUUAAAAAUUUAAAACCCAAAAUGAUACAUUUUUUGUAAAUUAUAAAAAUUGUUAUUUAUUUAAAUUUGUAAGUCUUUAAUAAGUUUGUAAUUAUUGAAAAAAACAAAAAAAAUAUUUAUUUGACUAGAGGCUUAUCCUUAAUUAAUAACAAAUCCCCUCCAUUGGAAUAAAUUUCAAAAUAAAUGUACUUAAAACAAUAAUAAUUUUAUUGGUUAAGCUACUUAAUUUUAUUUAAUUAACUUUUACUUUAUGUUUUAUUUAUUGUUCUUUCUUUUGUUUUUUUUUUAAUUCAAAUUUCGUCUUCACACAAUUUAAGAGCUUCUUAACUUUAUAAUGGCACCAAAUUUACUUAAAAUGUCCAAUUAAACAAUUUAAAAAAAAAAAGUAUUAAACAAAUUCAAUGUUUUUUUUUAAAUAAAAAAAUCACAUAUCUAAUAAAUUAUUAUAAAAGUGAUGUAAUUUAGGGAGUAGUUUUUUUUGUCUUAAAUAAAAAUUGUCUUGUCCAAUUCUUGCUCGAAUAAAAACUUAAAUUUAAUUACAAAAAAUAUACAUAAAAGUUAUAAAAUACAAUAAAAUAACUUUUUUUUAAAAAACACAGUUUUGACGUUUUAAAAGUAAACACAUUUGUAUUUAAUCUAAAAACUUAGCUAAUCAGACAGAAAAUAAAAUUGGUGAUAAAAAUAAUAUAAAUCUCUAUUAUUAUUAUAAUUAUUAUUAUCAUUUGGAUCUAAUUAUAGUAUUGUUAAAAAAAUGUAAUUAAUUUAUGUAUACAUCUUCAUAUUAAUAGUGUUUUAUUGACUGAUAGAUUAACAACUUAGUAAACUCUGUUAUUCGUAUUUAAAUAGAAUUGAUUUUGAUUGAAAAUUAUUAUAAAUAAAUUAUAAAGGAAAAUAAUACAAUACCAAUAUUAUUGUGUAGUGACACAAAUUAAUUAUGAAAAUAAAAUAAAAAACAAAAACAAAGUUAAUGCAUUAUAGAUGGAA